AUGGGGGUCUGGGGGGCACGGAGGGGCAUUGUGGGGGCACUGGGGGCCGAGGCUCUGGGGGGCACGGGGGCUGCUGGUGGAGUCCAGCAGCCGCCCUCCCUCGCCUGGCCGUCAGUGAGCGCUCCCGGCCCCGCCUGCUGGCCGAGUACCGGGAGCUGCGGGCGCUGCGGGACCGCGCCCAGCGCGAAUCCUCGCGGCGCCUGGCGGAGACGCGGGCGCUGCUGCAGCGCGCGCGCGGCCGCCGAGGAGGCGCGGAGGAAAGAGACCCUGCACGGCCAGCUGGUGGCCGAGCUGGCGGCGCUGCCCCGCGACGUUUCCCGGGCCGGGUACACGCAGCGCAUCCUGGAGCUCGUGGGCAACAUCCGCAAGCAGAAGGAGGAGAUCGGCAAGAUCCUGGAGGACACCAGGGCGCUGCAGAAGGAGAUCAACGCCCUGGUGGGGAAACUGGAGAGAACCUUCAGCGUCACCGACGAGCUGCUCUUCAAGGUGGGCAGGGGCCCCCCUCGGUGCCCCCACCCCCAGAACUGCGCGCAGCUGAUCCGAACCAUCGAGGACACCGGCACCAUCCAGAGGGAGAUCCGGGACCUGGAGGAGCAGCCCCCCAAAAUCGCCCCCAAAAGUUCCUUUGUGGUGUCAAUAAAUCCCCAUGCAGCAGUUUUGGGGUGA